AUGAAACUCAACUUGACCACCCUUCUUGGCAUCGCUUUCUUGACUGUCGGCACUGUUUCAGCCGUCGGCUUGUUGGACAACGCCCCUGGUUGCGGAAGUGCCAGCGUGGACCAACCGAAGAUGUGCUGGAUGCCGUGUGAGGCCGACGGCGAGAAAGUAAUCCCGGGCACAUAUUGGAAACCGGACACGCCGUGGUGUUAUGCCGUAUCAAAUGACGAGGGCGUCCCUAUCAGUUGCCAGACCCCCGAGCAGUGCAAGGCUCGGCUGACCACCACUGGUCUUUCUUGUGUACCUUGGUUUAUGAAGGGCUCACAAGGCCACACCCCGCGUGGGGGGUGCUAUCCCGGCAAUUUCCACCCCUGA